AUGCCGGCGGCUCUAUCGAAGAAAGUCUUCAAUCUUACAGGCUGCAUUCUCGUUGCCAUUGUGUACGCCUAUCUUCUCAAAUAUUCUGGAAAGCCCUUGACUUUCGACAUUCUGGUGACAAUAUUUCUGGCUGAGCUAUGUCGAUGGACGAACCAGCGGCGGCGGCACACCUCAACAGCGCGCCUGGAAGGUGAGGCUAUUCUUGACAUAGUCGAGAAAGGUGAGCAUCAAGAUGACAGGCCCGGAAUGAUUGCUGCAGUUGUUGGGUAUCGAGAGGACCCGGACUUGUUCAAGAAGGCACUCGAGAGCUACCUGCAAGCAGAAGGCUGCCGCUUUCUUCUCGUUAGUAUUGACGGGGACACGAACGAGGAUGAGGAGAUGAUAGACGUAUUCCGAGAGGUCUGCAAACAAGACGCCGCGCUGGUCCACCUCGAUGUCCCAUUCGCCCAAAUUGCCUUGCAACUAGAAAAGGGCAGCGCAGGGCGUCUUUCCCACGCCGACAUCAUAACAAGAUGCUGCUCUAUUGCUCGCCGGACACUGAAUGACAAGGGUGUGAAUGUGUCCGGACCUGGAGCAAUCACUCGACUCUGCGUGAGCCAGCCCCACAUGCAUAAGAAAGGUAUAAUGUUUACCUCUUUCAUCAUAUCCCUAGUGGUCUCCGAUAUGCUAGGGGUAGACCUUGUUUGGACCUCCGACUCGGACUCGAUGGUGCUCCCCGAUACCCUCACGCGCACGCUGGAGACACUCAGUGACGGGACUAUCGGCGGUGCAAGCACAGCGCUCUAUAUCCAGAACCGAAACGAGACCACAAUCACCAAGCUUGGAAGCAGCGUCUAUCUGAAUGAGCUUUACUUGGCCCGAUCAUUUACUGGCUCAGCUGCAGCCAACGACUGCCAGAGUGGUCCCUCUGCUGCCUUUCGCAUCUCUGCCAUCCGAGAUGAACUGCUUGGUUGGUAUAAGCAGACUGUUCUAGGCCAUUGGAUGGUUACAAAUGAAGACAGACACAUGACUACGCGUCUCCUCCUUAAGGGCUGGCGAGUUGUCUUUGCCAGCGACGUCCUGACAGCCACCGAGACCCCAACAACAUUGCGAAGAUGGCUCUUGCAACAGGUAAUACUACAUACCCAAUAG